UUGUACCCACGACUCAUGUGCCCAGAGGAACAUUUGAAGGCUCUAGAGAACAUCGAGGCCAGAGAGGAAGAUCUCAUGUUGGUGGCUUAUCCCAAAUGUGGUUUUAACUGGAUGGUGGGCGUGGUGAGGAAGAUCAUCUCACAGGCCACAGGGACGAACGUGGAAUCAAAGAUGCCGCCGCUGAUCGAGUUUUUUGGACCGGAGGUCUUAAAGGCCAUGGAUCAGACUCCCUCCCCGAGGUUUCUGGGGACUCACCUACACCCCGACAACAUCCCGGCCUCCUUCCAUGCGAAGAAAACUAAAAUGCUGGUGAUCUUCAGGAACCCUAAAGACACUCUGGUGUCCUUCUAUCAUUUCUCCAACAACAACCCGGUCCUCCCAUCCGGGCAGUCCUGGGAAUCCUUCUUCUCCCAAUUCAUGAGUGGAGACGUUCCCUGGGGGUCAUACUUUGAGCACGCUCUGGCCUGGGAGAAGAGGAUGGACGACCCCAACGUUAUGAUUGUCACCUAUGAGGAGCUGAAAAAGGACCUGAGCGAGGGCAUCCGUCAGAUCACCACCUUCUUUGGCUUCAGCCUGACGGAGGCUCAGGUGCAGCAGAUCGCAGAGGGGAGCACCUUCAACGCGAUGAAGAAGAGCUCCGCCGACUCCCAUGGUAAUCUGGGAAACGUCAUCUUCAGAAAAGGUGAGGUCGGUGACUGGAAGAACCACUUCACACCUGAGCAGAGCAAAGAGAUGGAUGACGCCUUCAACAAACACCUGGCAGGAACCAGGCUGGGAGCCAAACUCAACUACCAACUGCAUUGUCAGUAGAAGGAAAGAGAAGAAGAAAAGAAGGGGAAAGAGGGAGGAAAAGGUUGUAGAAGAAGAGCUUUGUGGGACUUUUCGGCCCUGAGCUGAGCCAGACAGACCUCCCUCUCAGGCUGUGCACAGAUGCUGCUUCACCUGGUUUUUGGAGGUUAUUUGGAGGCAGUUCAGGGCCAAAAAGUCCCCUAGUUUUAAACUUCAGUGCUCCCAAGUCCAAGAAAAAGAAAAGCACUGGCAGCAGUGCCGUCUGAAUCAUAUUUUAAAAAUGCUAUAAUAACAUACAAAUUCAACAAAUUGUCAUCAAGACACAUUAUAGAACCCAAUCAAUGACAUUUCGAUGAAGAGAAAGUUGAUUUUGGUUUUGUUUUUAACGACGACUUGGUGUUUUCCUGCAUAGUUUGUUGCAGAUUUACUUGUUUGAUUUGUGGUUUGUGAUUUUCUGCCCAAAUAACGCCAUCACUAAGAUCUGAAGCACAUGAAUGUUAAGUCCCAAGUUGUUUUAUUUACCGAUGACACCUCAUUUUAACCGAUAACAGUUUCAUUAUCUUUCAUACAGUUUCAUUAUCUUUCAUACUGGCAGCUACCUGAAUACAGGGCUAUGUAAACACAAACUCUGGUUGUCAAACUAUGGUUUUGAGACUUUAC